AGUCACUUGGCCGUCUGCUAGUGAACAUAACCUAAAAAUCAAAACGUCAAACAUCAAAAAUUUGUCUAUUUUCAAGUGUCAAAAACAAAAUUCUUUUAAAGGAAAUUAAGAAAAAUAAAUAAUGAACGGACCGAGUAAAAUAACUGCAGACUAUUCGUCGAUUGUUGGUCUAAAAGCAGAACUUUUACGCAAACGUCUAGAAGCACAGGAAUUAAAAAAUAAAACCCCAACGCAAAAUGUUCCAAAACAUAAACCAAAGGUAAAAGAGAUAAAAAUUCCCAAGGAAAAGGAAAAAACACCUAAAAUAAUCGAAAUAGAAGACAUUAAUUUACUCAAAAAGUCAAAAUUGAUGUUGGAGGCAAAAUCAAAAUUGUACGAUAAAUUAAAAAAUUCUCCCCGAAAUAAAAACGAUCUUUAUCUUGUUGACUUUGGCAAUAAAUCAGAAACUGAAUCAGAAAAUUCAGAUGAAGAAGAAUUUAGAAAAAGAAGUAAAUAUGAAAAAAAAGAAAGUGAAAUUGACGAGGACAAAGAAGACGAAUUUCCAGAACAAAAUUACGAUUCAGACGAUAAUUUUGUUGAAUACAAAGAUUGUUUUGGCCGAACAAGAAAGUGUUUGCGAGAAGAUCUACCAAAAAUGCAGGACAAGGACAAUCUUUUAAAACAACAAAUUUCCAAGGAACCUAUCGUGGAAAAACCACCACCGGAAGUUGAAAUUCAACCAGAAGCUCCGCAACUAGAACCGGAAAUUGAAAUAAUGAGGAAAAAAUGGGAAGAGCAGACAAAUAGACUCACGAAUAAGGACAAUAUCUACUAUCAAGAUGUAUUAUUCGACGAAGCUCGUACUCACGGUGUUGGUUAUUACAAUUUUUCCAUCGAUGAAGAGCAAAGAGCCAAGCAACAGCAGAAUCUCGAGAAAUUACGCAAGGAAACGGAGCAGAAGCAACAGGAAAUGCAAAAUUUAAAAGAGAUGAGGCAAAAAAUGGAACAAAAUCGUCUAAAAGUGGCUAGAAUUCGACAACGAAUUCGAGCAGGUCUACCACCGGAAUUACCAGAAGAGGAGGAUAAUAAAAGUGUAAAAAAUUCAGACGUUGAUAAUUUAAAUCCUGUCGAGACAGGAAAUUCUUCGGAAAGUAAAGACAAAAAUAUUGGUGAAAAUAAAAAAGAAUCUAGUGAAGUGAACAGUUUAGCGAUUAUUGAGGACAAAGUGAAGGCUUUUGGUGAACUUUUAGGAAAACGUCCCCCCUGGAGGGAAAUGUCUCAAGAAGAAUGGGUUCAUAAGAGAAGAAGGGACAGAAUAAAUGAAUUCGCACCAAAUUAUGAUAAUUUCAAAAGAGCAGGAGUUCUCGUUACGAAAAAUAAUAGUGACAUUUAUAGGCAGAAUUCUCAGCGUUCUCAAAAUUCUACCGAAAUUCCACCUGUGCCAUUAGUCAGUGAACAUCAAGAUGAGGACAGUGAUGAUUCCGAAAUAAUUGGUCCAAUGCCAGCAUUUAUUCCAUUACCACCAAAUCCUCCCCUGUCAACAAUUCCCUUACCUCCUUCGCCCAAGGAAUCGACUUCCAAUUCUUUUCUUACUAAUUCCAAAACGAAAAUUCCACCUAUCGAUUCGAAUAGCAUUGAGGCAGGUCUUAAAUAUUUAAGAGCAAAAUUCGAAGAAAAUGAGAAGAGUUAAAAAUUUAUAAUUAAUAAUCGUUGUUAUUCCGAUAAUCUGUUCGCAGUUUGAAGUUUUAGUUGCUGUUUACUUUUUUGGUUCCUAACUUUUUAAAUAAUUUUUCUUUU